GGACGGGCAGCUACCUUAGCGAAGCACGGACUCCAUCACGUACACUACACUACACUACACGUUGGGCGUCAUCGCAAUCCAGCUUCCACCUACUUCCCAUUACCAAUACCUUCACUUUCUAUAGACGAUACAUUCACAAAGCCCGCCAUGACUGACCUCAAACCCGUUGUCGACCCCGCCCCCAGAUGGGUAACCGACCUCGCCAACCCACCGCCUUACAAGUCCAAGCCUGCCAGCAUCCCCGAUCCCCCAGGCUACUCGUCGCAAGCCGUAUCUGGUUCUUCCAAGAAGAAGGAUGUCUCCCGCCCCGCCCCCCGCGAACAACCCUCCCCCGAAAAGAUGGACCAGCUCAAGCUCAAAAAGGCCUGGGAAGUCGCCCUCGCGCCCGCCAAGAACCUGCCCAUGACGCUCAUCAUGAUGUACAUGUCCGGCAACUCGCUCCAGAUCUUCAGCAUCAUGAUGGUGUUUAUGGCCUUCAAGAACCCCAUCAUGGGCUUGUUGUCGACCAACCAGGCCUUUGAGCGAUUCGAGACGGACAGCAACCGGGGGUCUAUUCUGCAGGUGAAGGCGGCCUAUGUGCUUAUGCAGGUGUUGGCGCUGGCGGUGGGUGUGUGGAAGAUUAAUAGUAUGGGACUGCUACCGACAACGAGAUCCGACUGGCUUGCUUGGGAAGUGCGCAGGGAACCGCUGGAACAUGCUGUACCAGCAUUGUCGUUAUGAGACCUCGAACUUGAUGGACGAUGGUAGAGGGAGACUGAGUCUCAACUUCGCGGAUACUAUACACGUUCGAAAUAUGCAUAUCACAGCGAUUGGUCUCUAUACGGCAGCAACUUCUUUUGUAACCAUUGGCUAUGGAUGUCGAUAUGAGUACGCCUUUGCAUGGACAUCACUUGUUAUCUCUAGCUUGAUACGUUGGCUGUACAAGAGACCGGGGCCAUAGAAGUGCUAAGCCAGACAUCUUUGUGUAAAAGUUUAAGAUUCUCUGCCAACCUCAUACACCACGCUAACAAGUUGAGUCCAUGCAGAGGUCUAGAGGUGAAGUUGUUUACACAAAGAACAGAUGUUCUGCAAAUGCAACAUUCAUCGUCUUCC